AUGGGAACUUCGAGUGCAAAUGACAUGGACGUGGUCGUGGACGUGGACGUGGACGUGGACAUGGACAUGGACAUGGACGUGGACAUGGACGUGGACGUGGACAUGGACGUGGACGUGGACAUGGACGUGGACAUGGACGUCGACGUGGACAGGGACGUGGACGUGGACGUGGACGUGGACACGGACGUGGACGUGGACGUGGACGUGGACGUGCACGUGGUCGUGGACGUGGACGUGGACGUAGACGUGGACGUGGACCUGGACGGGGACGUGGACGUGGACCUGGACGUGGACGUGGACGCGGACAUGGACGUGGACGUGGACGCGGACAUGGACGGGGACGUGGACGCGGACGUGGACGUGGACGUGGACGUGGACCUGGACGCGGACAUGGACGUGGACAUGGACGUAGACGCGGACGUGGAGGACUUGGACGUGGACAUGGACGUGGACAUAGACGUGGACGUGGACGUGGACGUGGACAUGGACGUGGACGUGGACGUGGACGUGGACGUAGACGUGGACGUAGACGUGGACGUGGACGUAGACGUGGACGUGGACGUGGACGUGGACGUGGACGUGGACGUGGACGUGGACGUAGACGUGGACGUGGACGUGGACGUGGACGUGGUCGUGGACGUGGACGUGGACGUGGACGUGGACGUGGACGUGGACGUGGAGGUGGACGUGGACGUGGACGUGGACGUGGACGUGGACGUGGACGUGGAGGUGGAGGUGGACGUGGACAUGGACGUGGAGGUGGACGUGGAGGUGGACGUGGACGUGGUCGUGGACGUGACGUGGACGUGGACGUGGACGUGGACGUGGACGUGGACGUGGACGCGGACGCGGACGUGGACGUGGACGCGGACGCUGACGUGGACGUGGACGUGGACGUGGACGUGGACGUGGACGACGUGGACGUGGACGUGGACGUGGACGUGGAUGUGGACGUGGACGCGACUUGGACGUGGACAUGGACGUGGACGUGGAGUGGACGUGGACGUGGACGUGGACGUUUACGUGGACGUAGACGUGGACAUGGACGUGGACGUGGACGUGACGUGGACGUGGACGUGGACGUGGACGUGGACAUGGACAUGGACGUGGACGUGGACGUGGACAUGGAGGUGGACGUGGACGUGGACGUGGACAUGGACGUGGACAUGGACGUGGACGUGGACGUGGACAUGGACGUGGACAUGGACGUGGACGUGGACGUGGACGUGGACGUGGAGUGGACGUGGAGUGGACGUGGACGUGGACAUGGACGUGGACGUGGACGUGGACGUGGACGUGGAUGUGGACGUGGACGUGGAGGACGUGGACGUGGACGUGGACGUGGAGAACUUGGACGUGGACAUGGACGUGAACGUGGACGUGGACGUGGAGGACUUGGACGUGGACAUGGACGUGGACGUGGACGUGGACAUGGACGUGGACGUGGACGUGGACGUGGAAGUGGACGUGGACGUGGACAUGGACGUGGAGGUCGACGUGGACGUGGACGUGGACAUGGACCUGGACAUGGACGUGGACGUGGACGUGGACGUGGACAUGGACGUGGACGUGCACAUGGUCGUGGACGUGGACGUGGACGUGGACGUGGACAUGGUCGUGGACGUGGACGUGGACGUGGACAUGGACGUGGACGUGCACAUGGUUGUGGACGUGGACAUGGACGUGGACGUGGACGUGGAGGACUUGGACGUGGAGAUGGACGUUGACGUGGACGUGGAUGUGGACGUGGACGUGGACGUGGACAUGUACGUGGACGUGGACAUGGACGUGGACAUGUACGUGGACGUCGACGUGGAAGUGGACGUGGACGUGGAGAACUUGGACGUGGACAUGGACGUGGACAUGGACGUGGACGUGGAUGUGGACGAAGACAUGGUCGUGGAUGUGGACGUGGACGUGGACGUGGACGUGGACGUGGACAUGGACUUAGACGUGGACGUGGACGUGGACGUGGACGUGGACGUGGUCGUGGACGUGGACGUGGUCGUGGACGUGGACGUAGACAGGGACAUGGACUUGGACAUGGACGUGGACGUGGACAUGGACGUGGACGUGGACAUGGACAUUGACAUGGACGUGGACGUCAACGUGGACGUGGACAUAGACGUGGACGUGGACGUGGACAUGGAUAUGGACACUUCCCAUACUGAGCGACCUGGCCAAUGCACCAUUUUCCAUAUACAUAUGUAUUAG